AUGUUCCCUAAUGACAUGGAGGAUUGGGAAGGUGAGCUAACUCCCAAAGAUCUUGCCCUUGCCACCACGGUGUCGCGUAAAUCGCUACGGCGUAGCAUGUUGCCUCUUCAUCAAAUUGGCUCCCCAAUCCUAUGUUCUCCCUCUAAAGUUGCCGUUCGACGAAAGAGUGUUGCUGCUUUUAUGGGUCAUUCAAACGAAUCUCCCAUCGCUUCAUCUACAAGACAGUUUCUUAGUACCUCUCUCGACAGUAGUUCUCGUGUGCAUGAAAACGCAACGACCAUAUUACCUAAGGAACCCCCUUCUCAACCAUCUACUGUUGUAUCUCCCAUUCAUAGUUUUUCUCCGGCGAAAAUGGACGCCGAUCAUGAUCCUUGCCAUUCUUCUAAAAAUCCUCUUCCCAAAUCACCCGGUAACGUGUCUAAACCCAAGACACCACCUAAAGCAAGUCGAUCGCUUCCUCUUCGGGAAAGCGUGGAUGAUGUAAUGAAGAAUUAUGAACAGGAAUUGGAGGAAUGGCCAAAAUUUCUUGCUAGUUUGGAGGAGAAAGCCAAUACCCCAUUCAAAUCUACUUUAACUCCAGAGGAAAUCUUGAACGACUCCGUAUUGAAACAUUUUGUUGAAUUUAUCUUCCCUGAGCAAUCCACCUGGCCAUCUUCCCUCGAAAUCCAAUUCCGAAUCAAGAAGGCCUAUGCACGUAUUGUAGAUGGAUUGAUACGUACCAAAGUGGAACAGGAAAAUAUUACACGACAUUUGGCAGCUCUUCGGGAGAUCAAAUUGAAAGAACUUCUUCCUAAAUUGGCCGAUAGUCCUAGCCCGGUGUCGCUUAAGGAUUUAUCGGACUACGUACCCUUUCUCGAUGAGACCGAUGAGUUAUUGUAA